CCGGGGAUUUUGCAAAGCAAGGAGGGAAGCCUUCACCAUGGGGUCAAGGGGGGCAGAGAGCUGGGCCGGCACCAUUGCCUCUUUCCGCUCGUGCCCCACGGCUUUCCUCCUGUCCCACGGGACCAGCGACACUUUUGUGGCCGAGUUGUUGCGGGAGCUACACAGCGACAGGUUGGGUGAUCAGAUCAAGAUCUCCAUGUUGAUGCUCCUCUUGGACUACCCCACACUGCUGUGCCCAGAUGCCAAGGCAGGGCAAGAGAUGGCAACCUCCAUCCUCUCCUUCUUUGCACAGCUGGGCCCUUCUCCCAAACAGACCAACCUCCGGUGCCAUCUCCUCUUUGCAGUGGGCACCAUCCUGGUGGCCACGGAGGCCUUUGGCGAGGCAUGCCAGGCCUCCCGCGACUACCUCACCCUAUUGCUGGACCUGGCUUCUGACCUCAGUGACCGCCGUGGUGGCAUUUCAGAGCGGCCCGUCCGAAGUGCUGCUUGCGAGUGCCUCCGGGAGCUAGAAACCUGCUACCCUGGGUUUCUCUCGGGUCGACUGGAAACCUUGCGCUCCUUCCAGCAACAAGAGGUCUCUCUGGCACAUCAAGGCUACACCCUUCUCUAUGGUGCGGCAUUACGGAAUGCCAUCUUGCUCCUUGCCUGGAGUGGCAAGGAAACUCUUGGGCAGCUGUUGGCACGCAAUGAGGGCCUGGUGUGGGAAGCAGUAAGCACGCCUGGCGAGAUUUCUGUAGCCAACAUUGACCAAUUGGUCCUCCUACCCUCACCUGGAGACCUCAAGGAGCUGAAGUCGGUGGUCUCGGCCCUACUGGAUAACUCCUACUUCCUCUCGCCCGCUGCCCAAAGCCAUCUCCUCUGGCAGCUGGCCCAAGCCGUCAGCGUCGUCCGCACCCAGUCACCCGCCAUCUUCAAAGCUCAGCUGGUGCGCCUCUUUGGCACGGUGGACGUGGCACUCCAGCACUCCAUCUUGCAGCUCAAGUCUCUCUUCACUGACAGCCUCUUCACGGCUGAAGAUGAAGCCUUCCUUUUGCGCCGUUUGGUGGGACUGGCACAACACCCUGCCUUGCCCGCUCCAGUCAAACUCUUCCAUCUGGACUGCCUCCUGCACUUCCCUGAAAACCGGCCACUGGGUUCGGGUGCCGAGGAGGGGCUGCCGGUCCUGCUCACCCCUCGCACCGUUUCCGGUCUCUUCCCAGGUCUUUUCCAGGAUCAGGGCACUGUCUUGGCGCGGCUGAAUUUGCUGUGCUUGGUAUGUGUGGAGAGUGAGGGGCCCAUCGCCGAACGUGGGACAGGCUACCUCUUGGAGCACGUCUUAGCCCUUGGGGGGGCUGGUGGUCCAAGGAGGUAUCCAGAAUCUGUCUGCCUGUUUUUCCGAGUGGCUUUCCUUUUCGCCCGGUAUUUUGGCUCCCGGGCACAGCCCAUGGCAGAGCUAACCCAAUGCUUUUUGGAUCUCUAUCGUCAGAACUGUGCUCUGGCACCAAAUAUUAUCAACUUGCUGGAUGAGGCCUGGAGGGCGUCGGAAGAGGCUGGCUGGGCUGGCACUCUCGCCCAGGCCUUACAGGAGCUCAUUGUGGACUUUCCUGGCUUGAAAGAGAAGGACCUGGGUUGGCAUUUGAAAGUCUUGGCCCGGUUGGCAAAGGAGAAGGACAUCCCCCAAGCAAGCACCUUGAGGUUCCUGAGACGCCUGGUUGCCCAGGGUCAACUUGGAGACUGGCGCUCUGGGCAGAUCCUCCUCAGCGUCUGCCGCAACCUGAUGCAGCUCUGCCCGCCGCCUGACCCGGCCCACCUGGCAGAUCUCUUGCAGGCCGUGUCCAUCUCCCACGUGGACAUGGAUGUCCAAGACCGGGCUCGGUUCUACUACACCCUCCUGGCCAACCUCUCCGAGGAGAAGCUUGGUGCCGUGCUUGCCCUAGAGGGGCCCGCCAAGGCCCGUGCCCUCUCCUCGUCCAUUGUGGCGGACAGCGAGAGCUUUGUGGCCUCUCUGACCGUGCAUCCAGUGGCUCCAGCCCCUCUGAGGCUGCAGCGGAUGGCAAAUGGGGGCGACGUACCCACGGUCCCUCGUCCUGAGCAAGAUGUAGAGGGCUACUGCCAAUGGCUCAUGGAAGCCCGGCCACCCUCCCAGCUCCGUUUGACGUACCAACUGGUCCAUGUGGGUCCUUCCAGUCCCCCCUACGAGCUCCUCCUCUGCGUGGUGCUCCGUUUCUCCUGCGCCAACCAACACUACGAGCCCGUGCCUGAACUGUGCGUGCCCUGCCUCUCCGCACAUCGCCCGCCUCAAACUCUGACCCUUGCCCUGACGCCACGCAGCCCCUACCCGACCCAGGUCAACGUUUCCGCCUUGUAUACAACCCAGGAAGGACUCACCCGCUGCAGCCAACUUGAACCCGUGGAGGUGGCCUUCUCUGAUCUCUUCAUGCCCCUUUCUGUGCCUAGCUGGCCCUCGGAGAAGCGCCACCAACUCUUCAGCGCCCUCUGGCACCGGCUCGGCCCUGACGCCACCUGUAGUGAGAGUUUGACCGUAUGGCACAUACCGCCGCAAUCUCUGGAUGGCCUGGUGCACCACCAUUUUGCCCAGUACCUCUUAGGAGAGCAACCCGGGUGCUAUGAAAUCGGCAUGGCCUUGCCGCCCCAGUGCCACGUUCUGCUCCGGGUGGAGAGCGUGGCGGAGGCGGCCCGGGUGGGCAUUCGCACGGACGACUGGAAAUUACUGCCGUCCCUGAACAGCUACUUGCAGAGUCUUGUGACGGCAACGUGAAAGCUUUGAACGUCUUGGUAAUGCUCAAAUAAAACCUGAAAUUGCUGCAAAGCAAGAUAGAUGGAAAGAGAUGUGUGUCAAAAAGGGUUCUUGUUCAUUCCUAAUUUUGGGGUGAGGGUGGGGAGGCCCCUAUCGGCAUAAUAGACACCUGGGAACCCCUCCGACGUCCCCAAAAUUGUUGUGAUUUUGACCCCAAGGGUUUUAGAAAAGAUAAGGCUUUGGGAAGAGGAAGGUUGCAUAGACAAGGUUGCGUCUGCACUGUGGAUAUAAUCCAAUUUGACGCCACUUUAGCGGCCAUGUCUCACAUAAGGGUUUUAAGGGCUUACUUCCCUCAGAAGCAGAGGAAGGUGCUUGAAGCUGCCAUGGAAGCCCAGUGGAUGACCUUGGUCAAGUCACACUCUCUCAGCCUCAGAGGAAAGC